UUCAUAUGGUUAAAGCAUAUUCUGGAAUAAAUGAAUAAAAAUUAAUUUUUCAUCUUCAAUUUAAUAACAACGUACUUAAAAUCAUCUUAUUUAAAUAAAAUCUCAUUGCAUCUUCAUUGUCGCGCCUUUACCACAUACGGCCGUGAAAGAGCAUCGCGCGCGCAUACUCACGUGUCCUCGGUUAGCUCGAACUUACAUAUAUAAACGAUAUGUGCACUCAGUUCGAUGACUAAAACAGAAUUGGAUGGUAUUAUAGUGCUUCAUUAUAGUCUCUUUAUUUUGGUUAAAAUUCUUCAUUAAAUCAUUUUGAACAGUGUAAUAUAAUAAUAUAUUAAUAAAUAAAAUGAAUAUCUCGAACGUUGAUUUGAUCAACGAAUUGAAGAACGCAGGAAAAUUGUGGUACUUUAUUAACCCCUAUGAAACUAUCUUCGAAUUCCCGCACGAAGUUCCUGAUUAUCAUCAGCAGGUAUGGUUACCAUUCUUCAUCCUUAUUAUACUGGAGCAAAUUAUAUUAAUAUUUAAAAAGAAAAAGAAGUUCCGUUUGAACGAUCAAAUGACAUCUUUAUCUCAUUGGUUAUUUCAAGAAACUGGCCGUAUUUUUUUCCGCGGCGCUGAAUAUUACGUAUACAUCAUAAUUCAUGAGAAAUAUCGCUUGUGGAAUCUUCCUUGGGACUCAGCAUGGACUUGGUGUGUCACAGCCGUGGGGGUGGAUUUCUGUUACUAUUGGGUUCACCGGAGUAACCACGAGGUACAUUUUUUAUGGGCUCAACAUCAAGUACAUCAUAGCAGCGAAGAAUUCAAUCUCGCGGUUGGUUUGCGGCAAUCCAUUUUGCAACAUUGGUGUAAUUUUAUGUUAUAUCUACCUCUUGCAUUAUUUAUACCGCCAUCUCAUUUCAUCGCGCAUAAUCAAUUCAACUUAAUUUAUCAAUUAUGGAUUCAUACGACUGUCAUUGAUGAUCUCGGACCAUUAGAAUUAAUAUUUAACACACCAAAACAUCAUCGUGUACAUCAUGGUUGCAAUUUAUAUUGUUUAGACAAAAAUUAUGGUGGCGUCCUUAUCGUAUGGGAUAAAUUAUUUGGAACGUUUGAAAAAGAAAAAGAUGAAAUAAUUUAUGGUUUAGUUGUCAGUCCUCAAUCUUUUAAUCCUCUUUAUUUACAGAUCUUUUAUACUAUAGAAUUAAUUAAAAAAAGUAUAAAGAUACCAACUCUUACAAAUAAAUUAGCUGUUGUCUGGAAAGGUCCUAGUUGGUUUCCAGGUGCUCCUCGUUUAGGUCUAGAUGAAUACAAAAUUAAUGUCACAUCUAGGAUUAAAUAUGAUAAAAAUAUACCAAUAUGGCAAAAUUUGUACAUAAUUGUACAUUUUUUCCUAGUUCUUUACAAUCAUUUUCGUAUAUACGACGAAACACAGAAUUUAUGGACCGUAUCAUCUGGAUUUAUGCUUAUUAAUAAUUUUCUUGCUCUUAUCACUAUUGGUUUAUUGUUCGAUGAAUCGGCAUAUGUUGCUAUUAUAGAAUUCAUUCGAUGCUUAAUUUAUAUAAUUUUCACGUUAAUAGAUAAUUCAAUAAAUAUAUAUAUUUAUUAUAUAUAUUUUGGAUCUUUUUGCUUUUGGAUUUUAUAUUUUAUUCGGUUACAAGGAACUACCGAAAAAAGACUUUCUUGUGUAUAG